GAGGUGAAGAUUAAUCCAAAAGAUGUAGCUGCACAAUUAAGAAUAACAGGUCCAAGAGCUGGUAAAAUUGUUAAAGUUAUUAAUCAUGAUAUCGAUGGUGCAUUUAGAGCUUUGAGAUCUGUUGUUAAUUCAAAUAAUAUCAAAGGUGAUCAAAUUGAUCAAAGAUUUUAUUUAAAACCUGGUAAAGCUAGAGAAUUGAAAACUAUUAGAAAGAACAAGAGAGAAUUUAUGAAAGGUUUCAAGAGAUUGAUGGAAGUUGUUAAGGAUGCUAGUAGAAGAGGUUAUUAG